AAGGUGGUGGGAGAGGAGGAGGUGGGCGACACAGGAAGCUGUCUAGGGGACGGGAUGAGGGUCAGGUUUGGGGGGAUCGGGAGGAUAUAGAGUCACGGUCGCCUCAGGUCUCUCGCUCUCUUGACUGCCUUGCUGACAACGACCGCACGGCAAAAACGUUGUAUGAAUGUGCACGCGCACGCACGUGAGUGUAGCGGGAGUGCCUGCCUGCGUGUGUGUGUGUGUGCCUCACCGCGAGUGACUGAUGGCAGGCUGGCUGUCUGACAGGACGGCUACACGUCACACCCUCCCUCAUUUCUUAUCGUCUAGUUAUCAUCAGGGUCCCCCUCUUCCACAUCCAAACACCCCUCCCUCUGUGUUCUGGACCAAGUCAUUGAGCCCUCCUCACACGGAGAACAAAACUCAACGGUCGCGUGCAUCGCUGGCAUUUCGGGAGUGAGGCUGAGUCGGGAGUUGCCGCCCCCUUGCGCAGGCCACUGCAAGUUGCUGCAGACGCAAAUGUUUGGGAGCUUUACACAUCGUCCUGUUGGCGGAAACGUCAGCAUGUGGUCUGAAGACAAGCGUUGAUGAACUCAGGAUACUGCCACCAAGUGUUAAUAAAGACAGACGUAGCGAAAGGUAGAGAGGAGACAGGUCACGUAGGUCACAGGUCACAGAAAGCACAGGUCUCUCAGAUGAGAACCCAGAAAAAAGUAGCGUACCUUAUUCGAAAGUGAACGCCAGCAAAAAAGUGACGAAGUGAUGAUGGACAACGCCUAGGCGAACAGUGACAGAUGAUCGUUCUUGUUGCUGGUAAACAUCUGAGCGAAAAGUGACAGCCACAAUCAAGAACUAAUAUCUCGAAGAAGCUUCACUUUGAUCGUAACUGUAAAGAGUCGGCAUGAAAUAAAAACUCAUGUUGAGAUCCGGAGCUGACCAUGUUUCAUCUUUGACUUUAUACUUCAUGACUAGUUUGUAUUGUGAGUAACGUCUGUGGCGCGAUUUCAUCAUGUGAUAUAAAUUUCGACUGCACCUUCUACUAGAUUGCAUCUAAGAUACUGCCUACGAGGUGAAAAUGAUCGCCUGGGUAGAUAUCCUUGAAGUGACGCUUUGAUCACCAAAAGAUCAUUUUAAUAAUAUCGCUUCCUGCAAGGCGUAGUGGACGCUGCUUACUAACCGCAUUUUACGAUUGUCGCACGCCCGCAUCCUGCGAGUGACUGCUCACCCACACACUGCUCUGCAAGGUGCACAUGGACACUCCUCCCUGUCGUACAGCUUCUCAGCGGCGAUAUUGGCGGGUGUGAAGGACUGAGUCUGCUGUUUAAACGAGUACCUACCGCGACCGGCGUGUCGUUCAAUGAAAUACUAGUCAGACAAAUCAGGACAUAAACAAGGGCAACACUGCUGUAACAUCCCACCUGGAGGAUCAUCCUUAGCCCCGCAAGAGGCGGUACUCGUGAAAACACCGGUCGUGAAGGUGUUCCUCGUCUCCAUCUUCACAGCUUCCUAGAGUGCUCCGUCUCGUCCACAAGACUUCCAGCAUGGCUGUCUCCGGAAGUAGACGUUUUAUUGACAAUUUAACGGUCUAAUGGGGCUAGCUGUCCUUCACUGCCUUCAUUCGACACAGCAGGACUUCAGUUAAGCUUGAUAAUAAAAUAACACAAUUAAGAAGUAACGACGCACAUCUCGAAAGUGCAAUGACGAGCUUAACCGAUCUAACAGCAUUCGCCGGUCUGAACGGAUUAUUUCACUAAAAAGAGAACAACCAGUGAAGUGCUUUUUCUACAUCGUCAGCUGUACUCUUACAAACGAUGGCGGAAAUCAACUUGAAGAUCAACUUGUCCUACGGUGGAAGCGACUUCCUGGAGUCGACCGCUGUAGGCCGUGAUUCCUAUCUGGUGCAGUUCCUCUGCUGGGGCAUUUUUCUGCCGAUUGUUGCCCUGGUGGGGGUGGUGGGCAACGCCCUUACCAUCGUAGUCCUGUGGCGCCGAGAGAUGCAAUCUACGACAAUCUUGUACCUGAGGGGUCUGGUGAUCACCGACACUGGUAUCUUGUUGUCCGCCGUCAUCGUCCUAACUCCCUUCAGCUGCGCCAACUACCUGCACAACGGUGCUCUCAAGUACUUCAGCGAAAACAUCUACCCGGUCAUGUAUACCCCCAUGAACUACGUUGUCAUGACCCUGCAGUCGUGCAACGUCUGGAUCACGGUGUCCGUGUCGGUGGAACGCUAUAUCGCCAUCUGCCACCCGUUCCGCGCCGCACGCCUGUGCACCCGCCGUAAGACCCUGCUGGUCAUUGCCGUCAUCACGGUGGUGUCGAUUCUGUACAACGUACCCCGACUGUUUGCCGCCUACGCCCGCAAGUGCUCCGAGAAUGAGGCUACAGCUGGUGCAGACUGCUACUAUCUGGAAGACACCGCCCUCGGCCUCACGUACGCCUACAAGACGGUGUACACCACUGUCCUCUACACCAUCCUCAUCUUCGUCGUGCCCUUGUCCUCUCUCUUCAUCCUCAACAUCUUUAUCAUCCAGGAGCUGAUGCGGAUGCAGAAGCGACGCUGCGGGACCAACAUCCACGAUGAGAACGAGGCCAACCUCAGCCUUGUCCUGGUUCUCAUCGUAGUGGUCUUCAUCUUUUGCCAGUCGCCGGGGCUGGUGUCGCAGUUCGACAUCUUCGACCUCUCCACUUUCAUGAAGUGGCUUGCUGUCAGCAACCUGCUAUUCGUCGUCAACUCCGCCGUCAAUUUUCUCAUCUACACGGCGUUCGGCAGCAAGUUCCGCAAGGUACUGCUGCGUGUCUUCCGCCAUCUGUACAGCCACUCGCGCUCCAUCAGCCUGCGGGGGUCCGUCGUCACCACCAACGGCUACGAGCUGACGGCCAUUAACGACACUCAGACGACAAUGACGCUCGAAAGUUUGGACAGAGACAAAGCCACAACAGCUACCCGAAACGGUACGACCAAGAGAUUGGAACACCAACCAUUUGCUGCCACGUGCGCUUCUGUCAGCUCCAACGGCUCCAUGCCAACCAACGUGUGAUUGGGAGUCGACCUCUCAAAACGUCGGAUUGCUUUGUUAAAACAAAUAAAAAUGAGUAAACUAUUUCCAAGAACUAUUUCAUGCUAUAUAGUGUGAUAAAGUAGGGUAACUUAACAAACUACUCUCGCGUGAUACAUGUUUGCCACUUGAAUAAGUUCGUUGAUUGCGUCACUUUUGUGUUCAGAAUACAAAUGUACAUAAGGAAAACACGGUUCUUCAUUUCAAAAAUCCCAGUGAAAUAUAAUUAAUCUGCUAUAAUUUUUUUAACGAGACUCUAUUCAGACAAAAAUAAAAUCGAGACUUAAGAUUUGCAAACCGUAAAGAGCGAGAGAUGUCUGGUUAACUGUUUCUCUUGGGAAGGAAUCGGGACCUUUAUCGUCUUUGAAUAGCUAAAUCUUCCGGGCACAGUCCAGGUUUCUUCGAUAUCCAUAAUUUUGUGGACAUAUUUGAAAUCGAGAAAUAAUUUAUUCUGGUCAUUUUUCAAGACUAGUUACAUAUAUAUAUAUAAACCCUAAAUAUUUAUAUGAAAUUCAAAAUCCCUUAUUUCAAAUUUCUGGAAGUCUUUAUCUUACCUUGAGGUCCAAGUUAGGUAAGAAGUACAAAGUAAAUUAUAACACUUAAAUCGAUCCGUUUCCUAUUGAUUUUUAGGCAUUUCUUAAUAGGGCAAAUGUCGUCAAACGCUUGGCAAGUCAGGCAAAGCUCUGCAAGAAGGUCACAGGAAAAUCUUUUGGGGCGAACGUUCGAAACAUUGGUCAACAUGCGAAGUCCAAACUUGUUUGCCAAUAUAUUUGCCCAUACAAUGGAACUUCAGAGGUUUCACUCUCAGCAAUUUUAAGUUAAGAAGGACAUUUAGCAUGAGUCUGCCAGACAAAAGUCCAGCUUCUCUUGUCUCUAGAUUGUAAACCAUGUUUGCAUAUGUUUGCUGAUAAAUGAGUUAUAUAAUAAGCAGCAGACGCUUUCCGAUCUCACUGUUUGAAAGGGAGAAAGGUCAGAGGGUGACUGUUUGCGCGAACAUAUUUUUGAAGGAUAUUCAUCCAUGAUUAAUACUAAAGAUUGUUGCUUUCGAUGAAUCUGAGUGCUGUUGACAUCUUCAUCGUCUGACUCCAGUGCUCAACGUCCGCUUAAAAAUUCAACGUGUUAGAUGACAUCGUUGUUGCAUUUUUCAGCACUUAAGUUCCAGAGGAUUCUUCAACCACAAAAGUGAUGUUAAAGUGACAGUUGGUGACUGUAUAUACAGCGAAACUGUAUUUUGUUUCCACAGCAACAUUCAUUCAUUCGUUUCGCACAAUGUGUAGAUACUUUUUAAAAGCGCUGACAGACUAAUUGUCCUUUUGAUGUUCUUCGUUGACCUCGGUUCUUAUUAUAUCAUGCUUCGUGUAGCACUUAUUUAACUGUAUGUUCUCUAUGUGUUUUUUAUAAAUAAAUACAUCCUUGUUCAUAUGCGACGAAUCUGUUGUCAAAGAAGUUUUUAUCAUACGUUAACAAAUAACAGUUUGUUUCUUAAUCUGCUCACAAAUGAAGUAAAUGUUAAAUGCGUUUUUCUACAUCUUAGGAUUUGAUUAUGUUAUGUCGUGUUGUAUUUAUGUGUGUAUGUAUAUAUCAUACCCACGAAUCUCUCUGUGAAUACGCUACUUCAUGCGCAGACAAGCAAAGAGAGAGAAUUAAUAUUCUUUCUCAUAAUUCGUUAAUGUCAAUACCAAGAAUCCUUGAAUGCAUGUCAUAAGAUGAACCCCAUUGCUGCUAAUCUUGAUAGACAUCUCUGUCUUAAUUCUUAAGAUUAAUAUAUUAAAUUAAUAUAUGUUAAUUAAUAUAAAUUAAUAUAUUAAAACGUUACAGCUAGAAGAACGUUUAGAAGAGCUUUCGAUGCGAAUAAAACCUUAUCAAAAAAGAAUCCUUUCUCUAUGUACUGUAGUCUUUCAAACUAUUUAUCUUGCCCCUUUCCUUUUUUUCUGUGUCUAUUUUCAGAAACUUUAAUUUUUAUGGAUAUAAUUCUACUGAUUAUUAGUGCAUUUUUGUUGCGUAAGAUAAAUUUUAAAACAAGCUACCCAUGUCAACAUUUUAGAUUGUUAACUUUCUUUCUUUUUCAUUAUUUUAAUGUCAUUUUCGAGGCUGUUUAGUACAGAGAGAAAGCUUUGUUUUUCUUUCAACUCCAUCUAUAUUAAUGUCUGUGAAAAAGAAGGCUGCACGGCUACUAGUUGUUUUAUGCAAAUGUAGCGACUUUAAGGAGCAUCUCCACCUGUUCAAGCUUGCUUUCACCUAAUGAAGUAACAUUUCAUAAUAAGACUUUUUUUGUUUUGUUUGUUGUUUCUUUACUCGACUACCAAAGACAGGAUUAGACCUACCUGGUACUAGUUAUCUGUUUCUAAAUAGCAUCGUUGAGCCAUUAAGUAGACUAUGUUUCACAUUAUAAUAAUGUUGGAAGUUAAAAUGUCUUUGCGUGGGUGUUGGGAUACACUGCAACACGGGGCUGUUACCAAUCAGAAAAGAAAGCUCACAACGUUUUUAAUAACUUCUCGGAUUUCAGGAAAAUUUCAGUUUCUUGUGGCUAUCGUGUGAGCUGUCUAGAGUAUACUUAAAACUCAUGUCAGCCGUCUUCUUGUCUGUCUGUCUGUCCAGCUAGCAUCUUCGCACCUUUGUAGUGAUAAUCAUAAGAAGAAGUUAUACUAAUUUUCAUUACAUAAUGAUCACAUGUUAAAUCAUUUUAAACAUGACGAUUUCUAUGUGUUUAGAUGACAAGCUGACAAGCCUAUUAAUUUUCUUCUCAAAACUAUUAAGGUGUUUGUGGUAUCGAAGGUUUUUGUAUGUCCAGAAAAAAAACCGCUCAAAAAUAACUGAACUCAUUAAUGUCAUCACAGAAAAAAGUAGGGGCAAUUAAAUAAAUCAGAAUUAUUUUUGCGCAAUCAUAGACCAAAAGAUCUCAUGUUCUUUUUUGUCUUAAAGGACAGGACGACUUUUUCUUUAUCUCGGGAUUAGAUGUUACAUAAGAGAUUUCUGUUCAGUGUAUACAAUUGUCGAUUUUUGAUAUAAGAAAUAAGAGCAUUGAAGGGGUAAUAAAACCAAGGCAACAAGGGACAGGAGUGGUUACUAGGUGCAGUUUCUGACACCUGACUUCGUAACUACCGAAAGGCCACAUGGGACUACCUUUCUUUAAAAACUGCUACGGAAAUAAUCCACACAUUUAGAACCAAAAAAUGGAUACGUCUCCUGAGGUUAAAAAAAAAAAUCAGAGCUUACCCGAAUACCACCAAACAAACCAAGAAAGCCAAAAAAGCAACAACAUACAUUUUUCCUUAGGUAUACGUUAUGAUUUCUUUUAACUUACCUGCUCCUUUUAUUUUGAUAUCUGACACUUUCCAGCAAACACUGAGCACUAGAUUUGACAAAAUGAUGUAAUAGUUUUACUAACAAAUAUACAUCGUAAACAUUGAUGUCUGGUACCUUUCAACCAACACUGAUUUAACAUCACAGUCAAUAAAAUACAUGUAAUGAUCUUACUUAAAAUACUUAACAUAAAAAUGAGACUUGAGUGUUAAUGUGGGUGAUUAUCUUAAAAGCAGUACAUUCUUUUCGCCAAUGUCGUUUGGAGAUCAUUUACCUCAAUGUAAGUAAAAUUUGUGUAAAGUUAUUGUUGCAGAUACACUGUAAUCCUGAAUCUGUGUGCGUAUACUGUCAGUUUAGCUCAAAAAUCUUAUUAAUGUUAUCAAUGGCUAAUAUCUAACAAAUCGUAAUUUCACAGAAAGAAAAGAGCCUGACAUAGAAGAAUGUAAUAUAUAAUUAGGAAAGAAAUGAGCUCAGCACAAAAUCGAGCUGACGACAAGGCGAGGUCAGUAGGCCAGCUCCUGCAAAAUCUGACUAGUUAAUCGAGGCUAAUCUGUUUUUGUAGUUUAAGGUGUUAUAUCAACUAUAUGCUACACGAGCUAUCGAUAUGAGAAUUCUAUGAGGUCGUAAGGGAUAUUAAUCUAGCAUUUUGUUGCUUUUCAUAUUCUGGAAUUUAUUUAUAUCGCUUAUUUCUUUCAAUAGUUAUGUCCAACACACAAUUGCGUCGGUGUUGAUUCAUGUCUUAUUAAUUUUAUUUGUACAGAAAUAUAUAAUUACUGGUGGUUGCCUCAGUCCUUGUCUAUCACCCCGACUACGCAUGCGCAAAACCAACGUCUGCGUUUCUUCAAAAUGCUGUAGCUGUACUUCAUAGCUAACAACAUUAUGAGCUUUCAAACGAAGCAGGAUAAUUAAUUAAGUCACUAAUGAACGAGAGUUGCACUAGAGCAUGAUGUAUGAUACUCUAGACUGGUUACUCCUGGAACGUAGCAAUGAAUUAACCAAGUGGACGGUUGCACCAACGGUAAAGUGUGGAAAACAACAGUAAGCGUUUUGUUGAUGAAAGUUGCUAAGUGGGUACCAGACCCCACAAACAUUGCUUUAUGUUACUUUAUCCUAAGGUCCUUUUA